GAUUUAUCUCCUCAGCUCCUUGAGUCAUUGGCAGCAGCAAAGGAUUGAGCAGCGAGUCAUCUACUGGCAUCAACUUGGCACACAGGCUUCUGGUUUGAUAUUGUCCCCUUUAUUCUGCGCAUUCUCUGCGUGAAAGUUCCUGGGCUCCUAGUGGGAUAAGUGGACUCGAGGAACAGGAAGUUUACUGCUGCCGGUGCCAUUCUAGCCAGGCUGCUUGUGGAUUUGGAUGGGUCGGUGCCCAGUUUCAAGUCUUGUUUAGAUUCCCUGCUGGGUAUUUUACCCCGGCUUCUAUUCUAGAUGCUCCUCGGGGCAUCCUGGCUGUGCACCUCUAAAGGAGCCCAGAAGGCGUCCAGAGGGGAAGAAGAGGAGCGGAGAAGGGAGCGCAGAGGCCGAAGGGAAGGGGGAAGCGGUGGAGGAGGCGGUGGCGGAGAGAUGGACGAGUCGUCGCUGUUGGAUCUGUUGGAGUGCUCCGUGUGUCUGGAGAGACUGGACACCAGUGCCCGGGUGCUGCCGUGCCAACACACCUUCUGCCGCCGCUGCCUGCACAGCAUUGUCAGCUCCAGGAACGAGUUGCGCUGCCCAGAGUGUCGCGUGUUGGUGGAGUGCGGGGUGGAAGAUCUGCCGGCCAAUAUCCUGCUGGUGAGACUGCUCGAUGGAAUCCGCCAGAGACCCCGGGGCAGCCCCACAGGCAGUCCCACAGCGACUGGACAGCACGGGAGCAGCAACAACAGCAACAAUCAUAGCAGCAACUGUGGCAGCCCAGGGUGCUCAGCCGCCCACACAGCCAAUGCCUCCUGCACCACCAGCCUGAGGGAUCUGGCAGCUGCCAGCCAAAAUGCUCUCAUGCUGGCAAAGGGCAAUGUCUUCAUUCAUGAUCCUGUACUUGACAUUAUCAAUGCUGAAAAGGCCCUGUGGGAGCAGACAUUGAGGUUUGGCAGAGGAUGCUAUGUGCAUAUCUAUGUGGAUUCUAACAGGCUCCUUGACUCCAGAGGAAAUCUCUAAGGUUCUUCUUGAAGCAGUCUUGGGUUUGACAUCCUGACUUUUAUAGACCUCAAGGGGUACAGUAGCUUGAGACUGCAAGUCUAUUUUAAGAAAGGAGUAAGGAAUCAAACCUGUUAAGUUGUAAUCUCCUAUGAGUAAAGCCUUCACUCUAAAACCAA